ACUCGUCUAAAUCGGUAUUUUUAGUCCGAAGGUGAAAUUGUUCAAGAACAACCAGUUACAGCUCUCAGAAUACUCUUAGUCUGUUUCUUACCUUCCACUUCGAUUGAAUAUCUUUAACGCGUGGAUUGACAAAGACUGUAUCCAGUGCAGAAGUAAUUUAGCAUCCAAUGAAAUGGAAGGAAACAGUGCGUUAUAAUGUGGACUGGAUUCAACUGGCUCGGGAUACAGUACAGUGGAGGGCUCUUCUGAGCAGGGUAAUGAAUUGUUCGGUUCAGUAGAAGGCGGAGACUUUCAUAACCAGCUGAGUGAAAAUCAACUUCUCAACAAGGACUCUGCUCCAUCUAGAACCAUGACAACGGCGCGAGUAAUCAUGUCUUACCAGUGGGGUACUGCAAACAGUGAGAAGGCCGCGCUUAGCGGCCUUCCAGAUGAGGUGGCCCAGGUGGCUACCCGGGAGCUGAGGGAGAACAAGUCCGCCCGCGAGCAGGCGCUGCAGCAGUUCCGCGAUUGGAUUAACAAGAACCAGGACAUCUGCAGGUGCAGAACAGAUGACAAUUUCCUUCUGCGCUUCCUACGUGUGAAGAAAUUCAGCUUACCUAUGGCACAACAGGUGUUGCUGAAGUAUAUCAAUUUCCGACAAACAUUUUCACACUUGGUGUAUAAUUUAGACUACCUUAUUCCCUCUGUCAAUGAACUCAUCAGUAAUGGGUACAUCUAUGUAUCACCCUUCAGGGACAGUAAUGGUCGAAGAGUGAUACUCUACAAUAUAAACAAGUUUGACCCUCACAAACACAACAAUGGUGACAUGGUGAAGGCGCACAUGAUAACAUAUGAGGUCCUCAUAGAGGAUGAGGAGUCACAGGUGAUGGGCUUCACACAUGUAGGUAACAUAUGCCAAGCAUCAGCAGCUCAUGCCACCAUAUGGUCACCCACAGAGUUCACAACACUUGUCAGAUGGGGCGAGCAAUCAAUGCCUCUGCGACACAAGGAGAUUCAUCUGGUGAAUGUGCCUUCAGCUGUGCGGUACUUCUAUGAUUUAAUUAGUGCCAUUAUGAGUGAAAAGAUGAGGAGCAGAUUCAGGCUUCAUGACUCUAUGGAAAGUUUGAAGAAAAGACUGGAUCCAAAAGUCCUACCAAAAGAACUUGGGGGAAGUAUGCCAAUGGCAGAGAUGAUAGAUCUCUGGAAAAAGGAAAUUGCAGCUAAGAGAGAACGCGUUCUUCGUCUUGAUGACAUGAAAUUAUUAAGUACCAAGUCUAUCAUUACCCGCAGAAACAAUCAACAAAAUGAAAACUCUUCACUCAUGAUACACACUCUCCAAGGAAGUUUCAGAAGACUUGAAGUAGACUAAACACACACACAUUAUUAUAAUCUGCUUGUUGUUUUAAGAACCAAACAUUACUCAUACUGUUACCCCAUCACAUUCUGUCUUAAGGUGGGUAAUUAGCCUAGUGAAGAUAUUUCAUUCAUAUAUAUUUAAAUAUUCCUAACUUUUAAUUCAUCACUUUUAUUAAUCUUAGACAGCACAUAAAAUGGGUUGUGAAUUAUUCUUGUUACUAUUAAGUAAAUUUUCAAGCAAUAAAAUUAUACUAGUGUCUAUGAUGAAGAAUUUA